GCUGGAGCUCUCCUAAAAAAAAAAACAAACAAAACAAAGCAAAAAAAAAUACAACUAAGAAGGAUCAGGGGUCCAACUAGUCUUGGAUAGUCUAAGAGCCCUGACACUGGAGUGACCCAACAGAGAUGACACACGUUGAUUCUCGUCCUGUAGACAGAGGGCCAUAUGGCCAAGUGGACAGCGGCCACACAAGGUCUGUAACCUGAAAGGCUCUCACCCGUCCUCUGCUACCUCCUCCCAGUGUGUCCAUGAUGUUCAGGGCAGCCCCGUGGGGGGAAAAGCUGGGAAAAACCUCCCUGGGCUUCCGAAAAUUAGAGCAGCUUUUCUCCACCUCCAACACACGUCCAGAUCUGUGACUCCCAGGCCGGGGUGGAGGCCUCUAAGCAGGCUGACCGGUGCUGCCCACACUGUUGGUUGGCAUUCGGGCAGCAUGCGCAGGCCUGGAUGGAAUGCUAUGCAGUUGUGAAAAAGGAUGUGGACUGGACGUAUGCGCGCCGGGACAGAAAGAUGUUCCAGAAACAACAGCUGGAAAGAGCAGGCUAUAAAAUAUCUGUUCCCUGAAAUCAUUGUGUAAGAAAAAUAAUCACACGAAACCGUUACCUAGGGUUUUUCUGGAUGGUUUUGUUCCUCGUGUUUCUCUCUUUUCUCCUAUUUCCUUGAUUAAUAAUUUUACUCAUGCAGUCAAACCAUAUCUUAAAAAAAAGCAGGCCCUGCAGCUGCUGGCUCUGAGCUCCCCAAACACAGAACACCCCAGAGAGGAGGCCUGAACUAACCAGCCUCAAAGCCUGGUGCGCUGGACACGUCCUCCUGUCUGUGGAGGGAGAUGCGUGGCCUGGCAUAGAAGCUCCCUGAGGGCAGGGCGUUACAGGGCAUUACCCUGAGGCACCUAGAGAAGUGCCUGGCAUCUGUGAGUCUCAACUACCACCGGGAGGCAGCCCGCACAAACAGGUGGUUGAAGAGGCCGUGUGGCAUCCGUGAGAAAGGCCUUCACCAGCAACUUUGGGCAGGCCCUCUGUGUCACCCUGCAGGCCAGGAACUCAGUCCGUGUCCUGGCUCCUUUCUGAGCAGAUGAUUUGGUGAAACACAGCCUCUCCCCCUCAGCAGGCUCUGACUCCUCAGGUCAAGGGUGCCUGGGCUUCCUGCCCCUGCUCUGCGGGGAUCCCAGCCUGGCAGGGCCUGAACUGUAAGGGGAGGUGGGCUGUGAUGAUAAGAGGCCAGAUAAGGCCAGCUCUGCUCUGCAGGAAGCCCAGCCCAGGGUCUGGAAAUUUCCCAAGUGCCCCCUUCCCUCAGCAACACCCCCCCCCCCCCCGCGCCCACUCACCUUUAACCUUUGCUAGGUUGUUCUUUAACUAGGGAGAUUCAUCAGAGAGCUCCCUCCCCGGGCAGAUCCCAGGACGAGAGCAGGCACCUAUCAGGUAAGACCUUCCUCCCUGCACACGGGGAGGCGCGGGUCAUGGGGUGGGGAGAGGGAACCCCCCCUCCCCCGACUCCCCUUCCUUUCUGUGGCCCAGCUGAACCCCGGGCGGGGCAGGCUUGGCCGAAGUGCCCCCAGCCAUGAGUCACUUUGUGCCCAGCCGCGAUGGGGUGUGGGAAGCCCAGGGAUGAAAGGUACCAGGUCCCUGGCUGCCUCCUAACCCGGUGGCUGAGAAGGCGUGCUUGCAAGCAACCAAUGGAGCGGCCGGGCCCAUCGGGGAGUCUCUUCUCAGCUAACACUGCCUCCUUUCAGGACGCUGUGCGCGCACUGAACACCCUGCAGACCAAUGCUGGCUAUCUGGAGCAGGUAAAGCGCCAGCGGGGUGACCCUCAGGCACAGCUGGAAGCCAUGAAGCUGUACUUGGCACGGAGUGGGCUGCAGGUGGAAGACUUGGACCAGCUGAACAUCAUUCACGUCACUGGGACCAAGGGGAAGGGUUCCACUUGUGCCUUUACUGAACGUAUUCUCCGAAGCUAUGGCCUGAAGACAGGAUUCUUUAGCUCUCCCCACCUGGUGCAGGUGCGGGAGCGGAUCCGCAUCAACGGGCAGCCCAUAAGCCCUGAGCUCUUCACCAAGCACUUCUGGCCCCUCUACCACCGGCUGGAGGAGACCAAGGACAGCAGCAGCUAUGUCUCCAUGCCCGCCUACUUCCGCUUCCUCACGCUCAUGGCCUUCCACGUCUUCCUCCAAGAGAAGGUGGACCUGGCAGUGGUGGAGGUGGGCAUUGGUGGCGCUUACGACUGCACCAACAUCAUCAGGAAGCCUGCGGUGUGUGGCAUCUCCUCUCUUGGCAUCGACCACACCAGCAUUCUGGGGGACACGGUGGAGGAGAUCGCGUGGCAGAAAGGGGGCAUCUUCAAGCGUGGCGUCCCCGCCUUCACCGUGCUCCAGCCUGACGGUCCCCUGGCCGUGCUGAGGGACCGGGCCCAGCAGAUCUCAUGUCCUCUCUACCUGUGCCCACCACUGGAAGCCCUGGAGGAAGGGGGGCCGCCGCUGACCCUGGGCCUGGAGGGAGAGCACCAGCGGUCCAAUGCCGCCUUGGCCUUGCAGCUGGCUCGCUGCUGGCUACAGCAAAAGGACUACCGGGGCAUCGGGGAGCUGAAGGUGUCCAGGCCCAGUCUCUUGCGGCAGAUGCCCCUGGCGCCCGUGUUCCUGCCCACGACCCACAUGCGGCAUGGGCUUCGGGACACGGAGUGGCUGGGCCGGACGCAGGUGCUGCGGCGCGGGCCCCUCACCUGGUACCUGGAUGGCGCGCACACCGCCAGCAGCAUGCAGGCCUGCGUGCGCUGGUUCCGCCAGGCGCUGCACCGCCGCCCGAGGCCAAGCCGCGGCUCUGAGGUGCUUGUCCUGCUUUUCAACUCCACCGGAGACCGGGAUCCUGCAGCACUGCUGAAGCUGCUGCAGCCCUGUCAGUUUGACUAUGCUGUUUUCUGCCCUAACCUGACAGAGGUCUCAACUGUUGGCAAUGCAGACCAGCAGAACUUCAUGGUGACCCUGGACCAGGUGUUGCUCCGCUGCCUUGCACACCAACAGCACUGGAGCCGCCUGGACGAGGAGCAGGCCGGCCCGGAGCCUGGUGAGCCCACAUCCUCGCUGCUGGCUCCCCACCCGCCCGAGCCCCGUAGCACCAGCUCCCUCGUCUUCAGCUGCAUCUCCCACGCCUUGCUGUGGAUCAGUCAAGGCCGGGACCCUGUCUUUCAGCCACCCAGUCCCCCGCAGGGCCUCUUCGCCCACCCUGUGGCAGGCAGCGGGGCCGGCGUGCUCCGUGAGGCUGCCGCCAUCCACGUGCUGGUCACCGGCAGCCUGCACCUGGUGGGCGGCGUCCUGAAGCUGCUGGAGCCGGCCCUGUCCCAGUAGCCCAGGCAGUGGGGGUAGAAGGGGGGGCCUCCCACACCUGCCCUGCGUCUCUCCACGAACUGCUACGUUCGGUGCCUUUUGUUUUUUGCUCUUCUGAUGGUCUAGACUGGCCCAGGGACCCAGGCUUUAGGCAGCAAGAGAGAGGGCUGGGGGUGGGAGGCUGAGAUGGGCCAUCCUCUGUCUCUGAGCCUAGGGUGCCUCUGGCCUCUUCUUCCUCCCGGCUGAGAGAGCCAGAGGGCUUCCUGGUUGUCCCGCCGUCGUGGUUAGGCCUGACCACGCAGCCCACCUCCCCUCCCACCCUGCCUGCUUCCUGGCUCAGGCUUAGCUUCUUAGGCCAGGCCUAGGGUCCUGCUGGGUGCUGGUUGAUAGAUUUCCUCCUCCUAGUGGCCUUCUGGGAAAGAGACGGCUCCCGCCUGGGGCCCCCUAGGGACAGAGGAUGGCUGGAGACAAUUAAAGCCUUUAACUUUUUUAAAAAAAGAAACGGCAAACGUUUGCCUCUUGAUUUCUAGUUCCCUCAGCGCAUAAAUAGGGGCCUACAGGGGGUACCGGAACUGGAUUGUGUAGGAGCCCACGCUGGGCUGUCUGAAAUGAGCACACUGGAUGGAUGUCCAUCGGCCACAGACCUCCCCACAGAGCCCUUGUUACAGAUGAGGGAGCCGUGGCUGGCUGAAAGCCAUGGGAUGCGCCCCUUAGUCCCACAGCCAGUCACGUGGCAGUUGCAGGAUUUGAACCCAGAGCUGUGCCCUCCCCACCCGUUGUAGGUUUCCCACCCCUUCGCCCAGCCCAGCACUCAUUUCAUGAUCUAAUUUAUUGGUGGUGAGUAUACAGGGGGUGGGUCCAGGCCAGACAGUUGGGCCACUCCCCAUCUAAUGCCUGCCUGCCUUGGGGGUCUCCAUGUGACAGUUGCAGGGAGGAGCUAGGCUCCCCCGUUCCCAGGCUGGGCACCCCUAGGCUUCUCGUUUCCUUGCCAGAGUAGUGCCAGUCCAGGUGUGGAGGCCGCUGGGAGCAGGUCCGGGUGGCUCUGAGCUGGCCUAGGUGAGUCUGUUUCUCCCCUCCCACCCAGCCCAGGUCGCCAAGUGCUGGAUCCGGGUUAAAAAUUACAGGGACUUGGUUUCUACAACAGUGUGGACUUAUAGGGCAGUGGUCUCUCUCUCCGUGGUCCUGGGCGGCCGUACUCCAGGCCCACUGGGUUUGAAGGUUCGGUGGGGUGGGGGGA